AUGAGUUUAGGAAGAGUCAAUCAAAAAUUAUAUUGUGAAGCUUUUCCUAAAUGUAGUGAUUAUAUUAAUACAUUUAAUGAAAUAUAUCAACUGAAAUCACGCAAUAUCAGCGAGAUUAAAUUGCUCUAUCAAAAAAUCAAAAAUUCUUUAAUUAAUACAAAAAUAUUAUCACCUGAUGAAAUGGUAAUUGCUAUUUCCAAAGCAGUAUUCAAUAAUAUUGGUCACAUACAAUCAUAUCUAUUUCUUUUUAAUCUAAUUCAUGAAGAAUUUAAUACUACUAAUAUCAGAGAAUUCCCUGCAUUUUUGGAUUUCCAUCUUAAUGAUCUAUAUAAGUUUGUUUUUAAUAAAUCAAAUAUAGAAAGAUUCGAAGAAGUUUCAGUUAAUUCAGCCCAAAGUAUUUGUAAGACAAUCAUUGAAAACGACCUUAAAGCAUUUAUAUCUUGCACAGAAGUUGAUGAAUUUGAAAAAAAUCAAAUAAUAACAACAGAUGAAUAUUCAGGAUCAAUUGAAGAAUAUACUGUGUUAGAGUUAUGUUGUUAUCAUGGAGCAGAUGAUUGUUUCAAGUUUUUACGUUCAAAAUACAAGCCAAGGAUCACUAAAAAAUGUCUUCAAUUUUCAUUUCUGGGUGGAAAUCCGUAUAUAAUUAAUGAAUGCUUAAAAUACAUAAUUCCUGAUGAUAAUGAUAUGAAGUAUGCCAUUGUUUCGCAUAAUAUUGAUUUUGUUGCAUUUUUAAUGAAUGAAUGCAAUUUACAAAUUGACUAUAGAGAAUGUUAUAAUUACAAUAAUAUUCAAGCAUUUUUGGUUUGUUUAGAUCAAGUUAGUGAUAUUAGUCAAUAUUUUGUAUUUUCAACACUCUUUAACAUUCCAUCUCUAUGUGAAUACUUGCUUUCCUAUAAAUUUAAUAUCAAUUCAUUGUACCUUGAAGAGAAGCCUGCUAUUUAUUAUGCAUUUAAAAAGAACAACAUUGAAAUGAUGAGGAUACUUAUUUCAAAUGGGGCUUUUCUCAAUUGGAGAGAUUCUGAAUGUAAAACAAUCCUACAUCAUGCAGUUAUAAACAACAAUAUAGAAUGGGUAAAUUUUCUCCUAACAAAUUAUAUUGAUAUCAAUGCAUCAGAUUGUUCAGGGAAAACUGCUCUUCAUUACGCAAUUGAAUAUAAUUAUACUGAUUUGGCAAAAAUACUCAUAAUGCGUAAUGCGUUUCUAAAUGCCGUUGAUAAUCAAUUAAAUGAUCCUCUUCAUUAUGCAACACAGAAUAAUAAUGUUGAAAUCAUUGAGCUUCUCCUUUCUCAUUGUGCAUUCCUUAAUAAUUUUGAUUCUCAACAUCAAACAGCUCUCCUUAUUGCUGCAAAAACUAAUAAUUAUAAGAUUGCAAAUAUGCUUAUUUUGCAUGGAGCGUUCCUAAAUGCAAAAGAUGAAAAAUCAAAUGCUGCAAUUCAUUAUGCUGUAAUAAAUAAUAAUGUAGAAAUAAUCAAAUCCCUUAUAUUACAUGGUGCAUCCAUAGAUAUUGUAGAUAAUCUCAAUAAUACAGCACUACUUAUUGCAUCACAGAACAACAGCACAGAUGUUGCAAAGAUACUAAUUUCGCAUGGUGCAUCUCUAGAUAAUGUUGAUGAAUGUGAAUAUACAGCAUUACAUUAUGCUGUAACAAAUAAUAAUUUAGAAAUAAUAAGAUCACUUAUUUCACAUGGUGCAUCCCUAGAUAUAGGUGAUUAUAACAGAACCCCAUUGCAUAUAGCAUCACAGGAAAAUAACACAGAUAUUGCUAUACUUCUAAUUUCGCAAGGUGCAUCUCUCAAUAAAGUUGAUGAAUAUGGAAAUACCGCACUCCAUUUUGCAGUAACAAAUCAAAAUAUAACACUAAUCAAUUUCCUUGUCACAUAUGGUGCAUCUUUAAGUAUAAUGAAUAAAGAUCAUCAAACAGCACUACUGAUGGCGGUAAAAGUUGAUAACACAGAUAUUGCAAAACUUCUAAUCAAUGAAGGUUCAUAUAUUAAUAUAAUUGAUACUUACGGAAAUACAGCACUUCAUUAUGCAGUAACAAAUAAUAAUUUAGAAAUUAUAAACUUUCUUAUCACUCAUGGUGCAUCUUUAAGCAUAUUAAAUAGAAAUAAGCAAACAGCAUUACUUAUCGCAUCAAAAUACAAUUACACAGAAAUUGCGAAGAUUUUUAUAUCAAAUAAAUCGCAUCUAGAUGAAAUUGAUAAUUUUGGAAAUAGAGCUAUUCACUAUAUUGCAAUGCAUAAUAAUAUAGAACUACUGGAUAUUCUUAUUAAUAAUGGCGCCAAUAUUAAUGCAAAAAACAAAUCUUGGCAAACAGCACUUCAUAUUGCAGCUCUAAAUAAUAAGGUUGAGUUUGUUAAAAUUCCUCUUUCUCACGGUGCACUACUAAAUGAAAAAGAUGUGGAAAAUAAAACAGCUUUGCAGAUUGCUACAAUGAAUAAUAAUACAGAAAUUGCAAAGCUUAUUAUUUCUCGUGAUGACUCGUUUAUUGAUUCAAUCGAUACAUUAAAUCAAUCACUUCUUCAUAUUGCUACUAAAAACAAUAACAAUUUAAUUGUGGAAGCUCUUAUUGCCCACGGAGCUGAUAUGAAUGUAAGGGAUUACGUGAAUAAAACAGCUCUUCAUUAUGCUUUUUUGAAUGAUAAUACGGAGAUAAUUGAAUUAAUAACUCUUCAUGGUGGUGAUUUAAAUUUGGAGGAUAAUGAUGGAAAUAUUGCUCUUCAUUAUAUGAUUAAAAAUAAUCGCCAAGAAUUUGUUAAGCUUUUAAUUUCUCAUGGAGCAGAUGUAAAUACAAUAAAUAAAAAUGGUAAAAUUCCCCUUCAAUUGGCAGUAGAAAAUAAUUUGAAGGAAAUUGUAGAAUAUCUGGUUUCCCAUGGUGCCAAUAUCAAUCAAAAAGAUAUGAAAAAUGGACAAACACCCCUGCAAUAUGCAAUAAUGGAAGAUUACGAAGAUAUUGCGAAAUAUUUGAUUUAUCAUGAUGCCAAUAUUAAUGCAAAAGAUCAACUUGGAAGAACUUCUUUUCACUUUGCCGCUGGAAACCACAAUAUUGGAUUAAUGAAUCUUCUUCUUUCAAAGAAUGCAAAUAUCAAUGAAGUUGAUAAUUCUGGAAGAAAUGCACUUCAUUAUGCCGUCAAUAAUGAUAAUUGUUAUGAAUCAAUAAAAUUUCUAUGUGACAAGAAGGCAAAAAUAACAGAAAUAGAUAUUUAUGGUAAUACAGUACUGCAUUUUGCAAUAAGAGGAAAUUCAAAAGAAAGUAUAGAAUAUCUCCUUGAAAGAGGGGCAGAUAAACUAGUAAAUAAAAGAAAUUAUAAAGGAAGUACUCCACUACAUUAUACUGCGAUAGAUAACAAAGAAGAAAUUGUAUUUCUUCUGAUAAAAUAUCAUCCCAAUUUAAAUAUAAAAGAUAACAAAAAAACGAAUGCUCUGUUAUAUGCUUUGGAAAAUAACAAUGAAAGAAUCGCAAAUAUGCUAAUAAUAAAUGGUGCUGAUGUCAAUGAAUCUGAUAAUAAUGGAUGCAAAGCAAUUCAUUAUGCAGUAAAGAAAAAUUUUCAAAAAACACUUG